UGCCCAGUCCUCUGCCUAUCAUCCCAGCAGAUUUAGCUGCUGACAGCUGCUUGGGACUUUGCUGCCAGGCCCUGGCCCAGACUGCCUUCUCUCCUCUCUCUCAGUGACUCCCCAGCCACAGCGCCGCCAUGGCACAGAAAGAAGAGGCCGCCGAGGCGUCUGCACCUGCCUCUCAGAAUGGCGAGGAUCUGGAGAACCUGGACGACCCCGAGAAGCUGAAGGAGCUGAUCCAGCUGCCCCCCUUUGAGAUCGUCACAGGGGAGCGGCUGCCUGUUAACUACUUCAAGUUCCAGUUCCGGAAUGUGGAGUACAGUUCCGGGCGGAACAAGACCUUCCUCUGCUAUGUGAUUGAGGUGCAGGACAAGGGAGGCCAAGUGCAGGCAUCCCGGGGAUACCUGGAGGACGAGCAUGCAACUGCCCACGCGGAGGAAGCCUUCUUCAACAAGAUCGUGCCAACCUUCGACCCGGCCCUGCGCUACAACGUCACCUGGUACGUGUCCUCCAGCCCCUGCGUAGCUUGCGCUGACCGCAUCAUCAAAACCCUUAGCAAGACCAAGAACCUGCGCCUGCUCAUCCUGGUGGGGCGCCUCUUCAUGUGGGAGGAGCCCGAGAUCCAGGCUGCUCUGAAGAAGCUGAAGGAGGCUGGCUGCAGGCUGCGCAUCAUGAAGCCCCAGGACUUCGAGUACAUCUGGCAGAAUUUUGUGGAGCAGGAAGAGGGCGAAUCCAAGACCUUUGAGCCCUGGGAGGACAUUCAGGAGAACUUCCUGUACUACGAGGAAAAGUUGGCCGACAUCCUGAAGUAGGCACUGCGCUCGGCCUCACGUCUGCCUGCUGCUAAGAGAUGGCAGUGACAUGUAUGGCCAUCUGGGACAUGCCUGACUUCCUAAUACCACUUGGAGCUGGACAACAUUUAACACCAACCAAUCCCACUGCACAAGGCCCUCUCAGGACUCAAAAUAUACUUCUCAUGCUAUAAAUCAUUUUAGCUGUGCCUCUCUUUCUAAGGCUGCUCUUGGGAAAGAAGAGAGUUGCAAGGAGAAAUAGCAAACAUAUAUGGGCACCAGGCAUCAUGGGUCUGAGGGUCCUAAUUAUUCCCCCAAAUGGGCUGCUUAAGGCAAAGAGCCUCAGACCCAACAUCUGUGCACAUUUCUUAAAUAUGUCCAGAAAUGCAUUUAUGUUAAGUUGGUCUUUUUUUUAAAGAGAAAAAAAAGCAGCAUUAAUAAAA